AUGACGAUUACAUUGUCCUUGUUUGUGGUAGAAACUAUUGGGAGGGGAAUAGAAGACUUAACAAAAUUCAAGACAAGUCAACAAACAAAUCAAUUAGAUAGGUUUCUAAGAAGAAAAAGAAAUGUUCAAUACUGCGAUGAUAUUCAACAGUAUCAUGAAACAGGAUUCAACAUCAAUCACGCCAGUAUUUGUCCUUGGGUAAAUAAACUGAAAAACGAGGGCAGACAGUUUUACUAUGAGGCAGAAUGUCGCUGUGUACGACCAAACAGCCUUUACGUCAUCAACGACAACAUCCGGUGUGUGGAGGUGUUCAAAUCUCUCAAUUUCGAAAAAGUCAUCUGCUCCGGUGGAACUUCCCUAGAUCUUCUGAUAAAAUCACCAUGUGCACUCUCCCAGACAGGCAGUUCACCAAAUACACCAGAAAUGCUGGCUCUCUUUCUAACACUCCUGUUCGUGCCAUUUAAUGUCUAUGGCCUGGAUUGCAGUGGACUUCCGGAUGGUAAUUAUGAGAUAGGAUGUAGGUCGUACGGGGUGUGUGCUGGGGGCGUGGUCAAAAUCGUGGACUGUGGUCACGGAAAAGUUUAUGACAAUUCCACCGGAACUUGUGCAGAACCCUCUACUGUUCAGGGGAUCUGUGGUCAGACACGUGAUUGCUCUAAUAAAGCUGAUGGUCUAUAUGCAGACACUGAGACCCAUUGUAAAACCUACUAUACCUGCUAUCAAGGAGUGUUUGAUAGCCAUAAUUUCUGUUCUAAAGUGACUGUUUUUGAUGAAGCCCAACAAACCUGUAACUGGCCGGAUGCUGUUGAUCCUCCAUGUGGGACCAAAGGGAUGGCAACGUCAUCGACCGGUUGAUGUCAAAGGAACGGCAACGUCAUCAACCUGUUAAUGUCAAAGUGUGGACUACAUAACAAUAUAUCAACCAUAGAAUGUUAUCUUUAAAAACUAUAUAUAUUGACCAUUGU